ACGGCGCAGGCUCGCUGUGGCGCGGAGGAAGCGUGGCUGCGGGACCGGAAGAGCCUCCGGUUGCCAGGGGAACGCCACGCGCCCAGCUUCUGCCCACUGACUGAGGCUCGGGCGCAGUGGGCGGCUACUCGUUCUCCAACUUGUGGAGGCGGCUUUGCCCGGGACCGGAGAGCCUUCCGUGGAGGCCGAGAGAGGAAAGGCGGAGGGUCGCCCGCGGCAGAUUCCCGUCCCCGGGAGGGACGAGCGAGGUCUCCCUCCCCGUCCCUCACCAGCCCCCGGGCCCGCAGCUGGUUUGUAAAUACCUGAAUCGCAUUAUGGGAUUGCUAGACAGACUUUCAGGGUUGCUGGGCCUGAAGAAGAAGGAGGUCCAUGUUCUGUGCCUUGGGCUGGAUAAUAGUGGCAAAACAACCAUCAUUAACAAACUCAAACCUUCAAAUAGAGAUGGACAAGCCAUUAUUUUUGUCAUUGAUAGUAGUGAUAGAUUAAGAAUGGUUGUGGCCAAAGAAGAACUUGAUACUCUUCUGAAUCAUCCAGAUAUUAAGCACCGCCGAAUACCAAUCUUAUUCUUUGCAAACAAAAUGGACCUUAGAGAUGCAGUGACAUCUGUAAAAGUGUCUCAGUUGCUGUGUUUAGAGAACAUCAAAGAUAAGCCAUGGCACAUUUGUGCUAGUGAUGCCAUAAAAGGAGAAGGAUUGCAAGAAGGUGUAGACUGGCUUCAAGAUCAGAUCCAAGCUGUGAAGACAUGAAAAGAUAGUAUUUGGAAACCUCAACAAUUGUCAAUUCAAGGAAUAUAUCUUAAGGCAAACUGAAUACAUUAAUAUUUUUAAAGAUGUUGGUGCAUCUAAGAAUACUUUAUAAUCUGCUUGCAUUUAUGGACUCUGAAUAAAGUUUAUAAGAAUAUAAGACUUCAUGUAUGCUAAUCUGGCCAUUAAUUAUAUGAAAAUAAAUCCUCAGAAAGGAUUCCCAGAAUAUCAACCUCUUGGUAAAGGUCUACACUUAUUUAUAAUGAGAAUAUUAAAAUCCGUCUCAAUAUCUCAUCGUGAAUUAUAUCUUUAAUGUAUUUUUUAAUUGUCUUCAAAAAAGCUUAUAGUAUGACUGCAAUGGGAUUGUGCUUGUGAAAAAGAACUUUAAAUAUUUAUAAGGGACCAUGGGUGAUAAAUGUAUAUUAGAUUUUUACUAUAUGUCACCAUCAAUAAAACAUAAAAUGUAAUGUACCAA